AUGACUUAUUCAAGAUUAGUGAAAUGGGCAAGGACCAAGAGAAGAAGCACUCGUAAAGGUCCCAACUCUACCGCUUCCCUAAAAUCUCUUCCAAAAGACUUGUUAGUAGAGGUGGUUGCAACUGUGGCCUCACACUCCUUCACCGACCUUCACGCCAUCAAACAGUGCUGCAAAGAGUUUCUAGAUGCCACUGAAGAUAGAUACGUCUUGCAAAGCGUUUCUUUGGACACAUUCCCGUUAAUCCAGUGGCUUCCGAAUAACAAAGCAUCAUUUUUCUUAAAUCGCUGCAGGGAAAAUGAAAACGUUGAAAGCUUGUACCGAGAAGGGCUGAGGAAAUAUUUUGGUAAUGCAAAUGGAAAGAUAGAUGGCCUUUGCAUCAUGAAUAAAGCUGUUCAAAAAGGUCAAAAUGAAGCAAAAUAUGUGUGUGGUAUGAUUUCAUUAUGCUCUAGAGAUGAUGAGUUGAGAAAACAAGGACUUGAAUAA